CGCUCCCGAAACUAAAUGCCAAUUAUUAUUUCGGGGCGGUGUAAUAACGAGCCACUAAAGCGUUUAUUUCGAGUGGCUCUAAAAAUCGGCCACGAACGCCCGGUGGGAUGUUUGCGUUUGGAACAUAGUAAGGUGUCGUUUAAAACGUGAAAUUUACGAUCGUGUCGUCGAAUCGCAGCUACUUCGUACCGCGGUGGAACGCAAUUUCCACGGGAACGUUCCGCGGAGUAUCGAAAGGCUCGUACCCAAGGCUCGCGGCAGAACGAAUGAUAUAAAUACAUCGAGACGAGAGACGAGUCGUUAAAAUCACUGUUCGACGUCUCCGCGGAGCUUGAUUAACGCGAUGCCUAUUUUCGAAGGCUGCCGGCGAUGAUUUAUGGCGACAUUCUUUUCGAUCUCCUUCGCGCGGUAUCUGGUACAUUUCAGGCGAGUCAGAGGAGCCUCAUCCGUCACGCGUGGAUUUAAAACCGGACGGAAAAAUGGGACACGGACGAUACACCGUCGUAAUAAAUAGAUAGGUGCGGAGAACUUUUCUUCGUUUGCCCUCAAGUAUCGAAUGAUAAUUCAGGUUCUCAGGGGUAGAGGAAGCAGCGUCUCUUCGAUCGUUGGGACAACGCUUCGAGGAAUAGUUUCACAGAUCCUCUUCGAGCAACGCGAAUGCAGAAUUAUUUCAAACGGUUGAACUCGUAGAAGUAUAACAUAAGAGCACGAGCACCAGAUAAACGUGAGAAGGGCACGUACGAGGUCCUCUUCGGAAUGGUACCGAUAACAAGUGGAUAACACGCAUGGUAAAAUAAUAACAAAUAUUACCAACAAGAAAUCCGAACCUGGUCCAGAAUGUUGUCCAUCGCGUAACAUUGUUAUGAAGUUGGUAAAUGUGAUAAAUUAUGGAACCAUCCAUAAUGAUAUUAUGGAUUUCCAUUACGAGUUGGGGAUUGUAUUAAACUUUAGUGGGGAUUGUGCAUAAUCGCCAGUUUAUUAUUAAGUUGUCCCAAAAGUUUCUUCGAUUUCGUUAAUAAGUAAUACAUACAGAACAUUUUAUGUCUAAUGUUAUGUUACAUUCCAUUAUUAUUAUUACGUUAACAUCGAAGAAAUUAAGUUACCUAUAUUUUAUAAACAUUGUCCACAAAAUGAGUGCAAGCCACGAAAGUAACUUUUGGAACAACCUAAUAGAUUUACUUUAACAAAUCGAUAUUACCCCAUCGCGAAAAGGGGAGCCGAUCUGAGUCACUGUCUUGGUCGUGACCUUUCGCUCGAUGACUAAUUUUCCCCGGUGAUCUUAUGCUAAAAGCUCCGUGUAGCCAACGCGGGGACGAACAAUCGCUGUGAAGGCGGUUUUCAUUGUCUCGUCUAGUCAUGCACGAUGCCGUCAUGCUCGUCAGAGAUGUGUCGGCGAAACGGGCGUAAGAGCCGCUUCAACCUCCUCGUCGCGGAAAGAUAUUCACCUCGCGAGAAGGAAUUAAUCGAACACCUGGUUUCUCGUUAUGUUUCAACGCUCGAUGAAUUUUCACCGGCGCGAACGAGACAGCCGGUACCUGCAUCGGUUUUCCACAAGCGUCAGACACAAUUAACGAUAGGCCAACGAUUGCUUAAUUACUGUCGCGUUACGUGAACGCCGAUAAAUGGUAAAAAAACAACGAGCCGAAUCACCUGCGGGUAGUCGAAUACGAUAUCUCGAACGAAAACGAAAAGUAACUACGAUAUCAACUUUCUUAUUUCGUUAGGUGUGGAAAUUAAUUCUGUGCCUUUCUAUGGUAAACUUGCCAUUUAUGUAAAUUCACCAUUCGCAAAUAGAAAGUUAAUCAUAUUUUAAUGAAAGCGUACAUCUUCGCUUCGCUUUGAGAGAGCGUAGAAUAUAGAAUAGACGAAUUCAUUGCGUUUUCGAGACGAACACCAUAGAUUUAUCGUGCUCGCUUUUUGUUUCGAGUAAUGUCGUUACGGAAGUCUACUCCAUAAAUGCAUUAGCGACAGGCGUUGUAAAUCUUUUUCUCGGCGCGUUGUCGUCGGGUUUUUUUUUUCGUUCUCGAAUCGUCUAAAUUUAUCAGUCUUCGAGUAAAACUUUCUAUCUCGCGCCCAAUUAGGGAGCUGAAAGUCGUGUUGUCUUCCAAUUUGCAAUGCCAUGAGAAUUUCUUCUGAUUCUGUAUCGAUUUCAACCAGUGUUUCGCUUUUCAUUGUAGAACCGGGUCGUGGAUCCGACGUGCGAUUUUCUCUCAGCGGCGUCUGUGACGCGCGAUUCGAUCGGCUACACUUUCUAGCGCGCGUAAACGAGCGGUUAUCGCCGCGUAUAUUUUUCUUCGUUUCAGAAACGGGGUCGAUGAAGGUUCGCGUCAUCUCGCGAUGACUCAAAGGAAGAGUGGACCUUCGUUGGAUUUGCUCACCUUCGUGAGAAUCGCCGACUUCGAGCAGAGGACAACGCUGAACACUCCAUUUGCGUAGAAGAAUUUCAAUCAAAUUAGAACCACGCAAAAUAAUUGAGUGCAAGUCACGGAAGAAACUUUUGGGACAACCUAAUAUAUGAAUGUUAGGCGGGACCGAGUGGUUGCGAGAAACGAGCGGUUUCCCGCUGGUGGUGAGGACAGGAGGUGCCACACUUGCUUCGUACUUUCGGUACGAAUUAUAAUUCACCGAAUAACUGUUCGAAAGUUGAACAAAUCGUAGGGCUAUCCGUAAAAACGAUCCUUCAGGAGCAAUUCCCAACGCUGCAACGACCAGAAUGCCGUGCAUACAAGUUUCUGACAUUGCCAGCCAGCGUUCCACGAGUUAGAGUUACGCUGUUACUCAUCCGCAGGAGGGAACUCGCGUAAAGGGAAACACGGACUUCUUUGGUCUUCUCCAUAGAAGAUCGGAACAUUGAAGUUAUCAAAUGGAGAGGAUGACAAUGCACAAGGUUUCUCGGCGUGAAUUUUGGGAACGGAAACGCAACGUCCAAAGGUAUUCGGUCAACACUUCGCCUCGUUCGCACGCACGCACGCCAAUUCGGAUUACGGAACGGGGAUAGGCUCUAACCUUUCGGCGGAAAAGCUCAAUUUCUCUCCCAGAGUGCGUCGAUGGAAUCACCAGAAGCGCCAAGUAAACGAAAAUCAGAUCUGCAAUGAUUACUCAACGAUAUGCGUCGGAAUUGACUGUUUCUUUUUCUUUUCUUUCGAAUCUCGAGAACCUGUUAUUUUCCUCGGUGGCACUAGGUAAUUUGACCAACGACUGUAUCGGUAUUUCGUCUAACAUUGAACGACUCUGAGAACGGUUCGCGUGGCUACUUAUCGCUGGAAGACAUUAACGUUUUGAGGCAGCCCCGCGCGAACGACGAUGACGGGGAACUGGUCGUGCGAGCACCGGCGGGAAAAGGAAAGAGAAUCGAUAGAUAGCGAGCGAAAAGUGGUUUGGAAGAAAUGCUGAGUGGUCGGUUACACCGGUUACGUGGCGUCGGUGAUAAAAAUCUGUUUAAAGAGGCCCGUUGUUAUGUAACUUUACUAUCGCGAGCGGUUUCCGAGCUUGCAAGCCGAGACCGGAUACUCGCGAACCGUAAAAUAUCACUGCGCGCGGCCAGCUAGCGGAAACUUUGUUGUUAGAGCAUACAACGGGACGGACGGAUUGUUUCUACGCGGAUAAAACGUUGAAACUUGCGCUAUUUCGAGACGUCGGCCUAUUUGAGGUCCUAUCGGUACCACGUAUCGGUACGUUUGGUACCGAUGAACGAGUACCAAACGUAUCUUUCGUUUCAGGAUACUGGCCGACUUCGAUUUCCGUUUGGCGCUAAUUGGACUGACAAGAGGACGCUUUGGUUAUUCCGAAGGCGAAAGAAAGAGAUACGUGCACUGGCGCUUGAUCGAGCGGGCCUUAGUUUCGGAGUAAUAAAUUUGUGAAAAUUGAAAUUUAUUGCAUUUUUUUUUUUAUUUUUUUUCUUUGAUAAUACUGACAUCGUACGCAAAUUUUCGAAGUAGAAAUUAUAUUAUCACGUUACGAACAUUACGGUAAAUUUCAUUUCCAGAUACAUUUAACUCAAGUAGUAAUAUUCGUAGCGGUAUAUUUUUCAUUUUUUUUUCUUUUUUUAAUUUUGUAAUUAAAAGAUCACGAUGGCGACGUUUGUUUACUCUUCCUCCUCCACUACUAAUUAUUUUAAAAACCAGAAAUCUAAGAUACCGUUAAUAUUAUUUCCAACGAAAUUUUAAACUCGAACGAUCGAAAAUUCGAAUACGUUACCUUUCUAUCAUUGUUAUUAUUUUAAAUAUCACUACCUGAAUUAAAAGUCUCUUAAAAUUAAAUUUACAAUAACGCUCGUAACGCGAUAAUAUAAUUUCUACUUCGAAAAUUUACAUACUAUAUCGUCGAUAAAAAGAAAAAAAAGGAAGAAAAAAAUGAAUUUCAAUUUUCACAAAUUUAUUACCGCGAAACUAAAAGCCCCAUUCAAUCGAAUGCCGGGGCACGUGCCUGUCUUUUUUCACCUGCGGAAUAACCAAUGAAAUUGGCAUCGAGAUCCCAGCGCGAGAUACCCGAGCUUCUCCCCUGUUGCCGACAAGAAUCCAAGAGUCCAAGUAAACAGUUCGUGAGUUUCUGCAAAGCUCGUAACUAUUUUACACGCUAAUUUCAGUGUACUCUAGCGAAAGAUUACGCACAAGCUACGGUAUACGUUGAAUUAUUCAGGCGUUAAAGAUCAAUCGGCGACGAAGUCACAGACGUAAGCUAUUUUUUCAGCUCGAAUCAGCUGAACGUGGCACCGAAUCGUACCGCACUAAAAUCGUAGCCCCUCGAGUGCCGGAUCGGCGAUUUCUGUUCGUCGAGUCCCUAGAAAACACGGUGGCGCCGUUACGUCGAAUUGUUACCGAGAUAAUUAAUAAGCACGCAUUAAUAACGAGGACGAUCCGAAGCGAGGAGAAUUGUCACGUCGUCGAGGACAAAUUAUUAUUUCAAAGGCGUGUCGCUCGACGCAACGAGAAUGCAAACGACGAACAAUGUCGAAAGGGACGCAUCGCGAGAACACGUACUGAAAGUAUAAUGGGCGAUUCGAAACUGACCUUGGCUCACCAAUGACAUCUUUAUCAAAGCAGUUAAACCGUUAAUCGUCCAUCGAACCAGACAACGAUUCUAUUGUGCAGAAACGGAACAGAGAAUCGGAUAAACAAACAUUCCGUGACCACAACUUCGUCCUCUGGCGGUUAAUUCAAAUCCGAAGCGAAACUUGCCGAAACAAACCCUACUCUCACAGAUUUCUUUGUACGUAGAGAUGAACGUUUGUUAAAAAAAAAAAAAAGAAAAAAAUAUUGAAAAAAAAUUCUAAAUUUGUUUCCAGGAACACUAGAAGCUCCCCGCUCGAGGCCACGUGACAAUCGGAGCAACGUACCGAAAUCCUUUUAACGCGCCGAAGAGAUACGAUUAAAACUUACUCUGUGCUCGAUCGCUCUCUGAAACGUGACCGCUGCGUCCACCCGCGGGAACUGGUCACAUCACGAAACAAAGGCUCGCACUUGCGAAAUUUUAGGGAUCGUCGCGUCAACGAGUCCCCGAGUAUCUCUUACUUCUCAUCUAUCGGGGCUUGGUGGUCUAGCUCGGGUACCUCGGGGUUCCUAAGCCCGUACUGUAGCUACAAACGCCGCUACAGCCCCUGAGGGCUACUUCAAGUACCUGAAAAAUCCCUAGAAUGAUUAUCGAAGCGAGUAAAAAUCCAAGGAACCAUUCGACUACUAGCAAAGUUCAAGUUGAAGCUGCUGGCCCAUUGAUCACCAGACGAUCGUGCACCUCGAACACCAUGUGUCAAGUUCACCGUGACGUAACGUCGACGUCUACAUGGACGAAUGACCGGUCGCGGAGGGGACGAAGAGGAACCCGAGCAACAAACGCGUCUGAAUGUACAUACAUGUUGGACACCGUUUCGAUCGGCAACGCCGACUAUAGGAAAAACCACCACCCACCCUCGAAACAACCACCCCUCGAGUGUCAGUAGCGUGCCGCCAGUUGUUGCUAUUGCACGAGUGUCCGCCGACCGAGCCGAGUACAAGGUUGAUCGCGUUACGCUCGUCGAAGCUCCGAUAAGGAUUUUUGUGCGAUUCUUUCGGAGGGAGGGCACGCCGAUAGCGAAGGAACCGGUCUAUUCGCCGCCGAGAGUCGUUAGGCGAUACCUGUGGACGCGGUCGAGUGAUGGGACACUUUUGAACGAUCCAUGAAAUCUCGAAUGUUGACGAAUGGUGCUUGUGAAAAAUCCGUCGCCCUCUCGAGGCGAGAGUCCCCAAAAAGGAAAUGCGAAGAAGGUUAAAAGAAGAUCGCGGGGCAACAGUCCCUCGGAUCAGGCUGUGUCCAGGGGAAAUAGUCCAGGAACGAGCCACUCCAAUCACAAGGUAGUCGUGAAGAGCAGUUUGCUGCAGUCCAGAGGAAGCGAAACUGGCAGCAUCGAGAGGCUGGUGGACGGUGACAAGAGGGUGAUCGCGACGAAACACUUGCUUCCAGAGAACAACAUAAAUGUCGUCGUCAGAGUUCGUCCACUUAACCGCAAGGAAGUCAAAGCUGGCGAUGAUAUGGCCGUGCAGUUUCCUGGCGACGGCCAGAUAUACUGCGACGGAUUUCCCAGCAGCGCCGACAAGAAGGGUAAACUGUUUUCGUACAAUGUCGUUUUCGAGCCCACGGCCAGCCAGGAAGACAUACUGCAAUUUUCCGGCGUCAAGAAGCUCAUCGAAAUGGCGGUGGAGGGGUUCAACUGCACCGCGUUCUGCUACGGGCAAACCGGAAGCGGGAAAACUCACACCCUCACGGGACCUCCGGAAAUGUUAGAUGGAAUGAAACAUUACUCAGAGGAUAACGGUCUGGUCUUCCGGUCUUUCGUCUACCUAUUCAAGCUCCUGCAGGAACGCCAACAGUGCAACUUUGUGCUGAGGGCCUCGUUCCUCGAGAUCUACAACGAGAAGGUAAUAGAUCUGUUGAAUCCUGGCACAUCGAGAAAACCUUUGAUGGUCCGAUGGAGCAAAAAGACGCGGGGUUUCUUCGUGGAGAAUCUUUUCACCGUCGAGUGCGAGGAGCUUGAUGACCUUCUGGCGGUUCUCGAAGAAGGGCUGAGAAACAGAUCUGUCGGCGCGCACAACAUGAACGAACAAUCCAGCAGGAGUCACAGCAUCCUCACCGUUAGCAUUACUUCGGAGCAACAAAUGGACAACAAUGUGUUCAUUUCGAAACAAGGGAAAAUCAAUUUCGUCGAUUUGGCGGGCAGCGAGAUGACGAAGAAGACGCAAAGCGAGGGGAAAACCUUGGAGGAAGCGAAUAAUAUCAACAAAAGCCUCAUGGUUCUGGGCUACUGCAUAUCUUCUCUGAGCGAUGGAAAACGCAAGGGCGGACAUAUUCCUUAUCGGGACAGCAAACUGACGAAACUCUUGGCGGACAGUCUGGCAGGCAACGGCGUUACGUUAAUGAUUGCGUGCGUUUCGCCGGCGCGAUCGAACGCGAGCGAAACGUUGAACACUUUGAGGUACGCCGCGAGAGUGAAGAAGAUACGGACGAAGCCGAUCGUGGUGAUGGAUCCACGAGAAGCUUUGAUUCUCAGUUUGAAACGAGAAGUGGGAGCUCUACAGACCGAGAACGAGCAUCUGAAGGCGGCCCUGAAUUUCAGCGGCGACGAUCAAGACAUAGUUCGCAGCGAAUCCAAAGCCGAGAGCAAAGUGCACUCGACGCCGCCGUCCGUGGACCUGGACAAGUUGUCCGAGAUGGAGCAACCGGAAUUGAGUCAACUGAUCCGCUCCUAUAUCACGGAGAACGAGGCCCUUCGCCGUGAGAACGCGGAACUGUACGCCACCAGGGAGCAAGUGAUACGGGACCAGGAACUCGUAUGCAGAGAGAACGAGAGGUUGCUGAAGAAGCUCGAGGACGUUAACUCGGUCUCUUACCGCAGAGUGUGCUGCCGGUCGCCGAUCAUACCCGCCAGGCCUACCUACUCGGCGGAGGUUCUAAACGAGAGCAACAUAGAAAACGCUCCCGGCGCAACGAACGUUUGGACCAACCCUAACGUGGAACCGACUCCCCUCUCGAGCGAUCUGAUCAGGCGCGGACUGUACAGAUCCGCGAGCAACAUGCCUGAGAAAAUUCAAAAGGAAUUGGACAAACGGAGAAUCGUUGGCAGCUACAAUAACGUAGCCGAGGCUUACAAAGACAAGAGCCAGCACCGCCGACACAAUUCAUGGGACAAUGGAAACGGCGUAACGAGAAUGAGCCCGGAUCAAACGAUGUCACCGGUGCACGUUAAUCAGUACAAGAAAACGGGUAUGCGUCGCACCUCGACAGUCCCAGAGGAAAGGAAGCCCUCGGAAACCAACGAUCUUCUGGGCGAACCGGUUCAACCGACCGAUCACUCGUUCAACGAAUCCCCAGACUCGAUCCUCAGCGGUCCCCUGGAGAUUACGAACUCCGCUCCGGACACGGCGGAAUCCGAGGCCCCUACGGCGCCUUUUCCGGGGUUGUCGCCAUUUGGGACACCGGACACGGAAGACGCGGUCCUAUCGAGGAGUCCGUCCAAGGAAAAGGAGGACGAGUCAACGCAAAGAGCGUUCGGGAGUCCGGUCCCGAUCGACGAAGACCACCCACUUUGAACACCCAACUUGACUCGCGUAUGAUAGCCCGUGAUACGCUACCGGCGCGUUGCCUUAGGUCAGGUCUACCGUCGGUCGGUGAACAGUAUGGUCAUUGAAUCAUAGUUGGAUCGAGCUAAACCCUCUAUCGUAUAGAUCUUAUUUUAUCUUUGAAAAAAAGAAGCUACUUCUCGGUUGUCUAUAUUCAUGAAUUAAUUACCUAGUCAAACAACGAGCGACUGAAACUGCAGAGCUAUUAGAUACCGCGUAUGAAAACGUCGUGCACAAAUUUUGGAAAAAUAUCCUCGAUUAAUUUAACGGGAAUGAAAUAAGUAGAGGAUCGACGCGUUGACUGUCGUCGCUCGGACAUGGGUCACUUGUGAGAGGACUAAAUAAUUACGAAAAUAAUUAUGAGAAUGAUAAAUAUGAUUUGUUGGAAAUAUUUCAGUGGAUUCACUGUCGUCUUAUUUAUAUCUGUGAGUGAUAUGCUUUUACUUCGCUGAUUAGGAAUUUAAUUACGAGAAUAUCUUAAAGGAAAUUUGUGUUGUUUUCUACCAAAAAAAAAAGAAAAGAAAAGAAAGAACGUAUAAACGUGUUACGUUCGCAACCGCUUAACGUUAAAAGUGAUUAUGCAGUCGAUCGUUUAAUUAUAUUAUACGUGUGGCACAUCCAGAAUUUCGUAGCCUGAUGGAUUUAACGGAUUUAGCGUGGCAGUCAACGUGUUGAUUGGCCGCACAAGGCCGUUUCUCCCAGUGCGAGUCUUUUGAACCAUGACUCCUGCUUUUAUGUUAUACUGGCUUGUCUGAGAUAGAGAGCGUGAACCUUUAGAUUUGCAUAAUAGCUGAAGCGAUGAGAUCGGUUGUAAAACGGUAGGGUGACGUUAAUCGAUGACUUCAAGUUACCAAUUGAUUUUAUCCUUUACCUUUUACCUUAGUUCGUUCUAGGUUGUUAAAUUGUUAUACGAAAACUCGAGAUAUUCUUUUGACUCGUUUGACCUCAACGUGAAAUAUGGGAAAAUGUUCCUUUUAAUAUAAUUUCAUAAUAUUAUCACCCUGUACAUACACCCUGUAUCGUUAAACAUUGAAUUCCAGUUUUUGUUUACUAGCGGGCAGGUCUGUCGCAAUUGUCUAGUACAAAAACAGAAACGGUUUAACUUCGAAGAAGUUAAACGUUAAUCGUAACGUGUAAUACGUGGAUAUAAACAGCACUGAAAACGGGAGACAGACAAGUAUUAUGUUUUCAAAGACCGUAUGAUGAUAUCGUGACUACGACACAACAAAGAAACGUAGUAUGAGUAGUCGAAGAAACGUAUCCAUGUAGAGUAUAUAAUUGUGUGUGAGAUUAGGCGUGAAUUCCAAUGGUCAUGGUCAAAUUAUCGAAUUCUACCUCCGUGUAGUCUAGCAUAAGAUUUUAUUCGUACAGAAUGCUUUGCAACGAUGUGGACCAAUUUAUGUGGAAUAAAGUAUAUAUUUGAUUGUUUUA